UAUCAGAGAGCCCAAUGGAGCCUUCUGAAGAACCUAGUCAGAUUAGCAAAGAUAACUUUUUAGAAGUUCCUAAUGUACCUGAUUCUCUUUCUGAAGAUGAAGAAGUUAAAGCUACCUUCAGACCUGGUUUCUCCCCUCAACCUAGCAGACGAGGUUCUGAUUCAUCUGAAGACAGUUACCUGGACAAUCCACCUUCAGGUGCAAGAAGAGUUUCAUUUGCUGACAACUUUGGGUUCAAUCUUGUGUCUGUUAAAGAAUUUGAUUCCUGGGAAUUUCCGAGUGGUUCAACUGAUUUUGACUUAAUGAAGGACAUUUUCCACACAGAAGAAUAUGUUUUAUCUCCACUAUUUGACUUGCCUUCUUCAAAAGAAGACCUUAUGCAACAACUUCAAGUACAGAAAGCAAUACUGGAAUCAACUGAGUAUCUUCAUGGAUCUACAAGUAUGAAGGGCAUUAUUCGAGUUUUGAAUAUCUCUUUUGAGAAGUUAGUAUAUGUGAGAAUGUCCUUAGAUGACUGGCAGACAUAUUAUGACAUAUUAGCAGAAUAUGUCCCAAAUUCAUGUGAUGGUGAAACUGACCAAUUCUCCUUUAAAAUUUUAUUGGUUCCUCCUUAUCAAAAAGAUGGCAGUAAAGUUGAGUUUUGUAUACGUUAUGAAACUUCUGUUGGUACAUUUUGGUCAAAUAAUAAUGGCACAAAUUAUAUACUGGUUUGUCAAAAGAAAGAACAAGAGCUGGAGCCUGGAAAACUACAGGAAGAAGUUCCUAACAGACAAAUAAAAGGCUGCUUAAAGGUAAAAUCAAGUAAAGAAGAAUCAUUGGUAACAUCAGAUGAGAAUAACUCUGAGAAUUCAAAGAUUACAGACACCUAUGUCCCAACAAUUGUUUUUUCUCAUGAGGACAAGCAAGACUUGGAAACCAGUAAUCAGAAUGUAAAAGAUGUAAACACGGAACAUGAUGAACAUAAUGAAAAAGAAUUAGAUUUGAUGAUAAAUCAACAUUUAAUAAGAAGUACUGCUUCCAGAGAUGAAAAGAAUACAGUCAAUUUUCCAAAUAAAGCUGAGGGGUUACAGAAGAAGCAAAUCCAUGAUGAAGUAUACACUGACUUGUUUAACAGGCCUUUGUCUUCAAGUUCAUCAGCAGAAAGAUCCUUAAAGGGAGAGUUUUACCACAAUGAAAAAUAUUCCUCAGGAAAUAAGUGUAGUUAUCAACCUUCAGAGGAAAUUACUUCAGAUAUGGGAGAAAUCAAGCCAUCAUUGGGAAAUACUAGUAGUGAUGAAUUAGUGCAAGUACCUAUUGGUAGCAAAGAAGUACUGGAUAAUAAUGCUAAUCCAGCCCAAGGGAGAGGCAGAGUGCAAAUAUCUUGUCCCUCUGCAGAUCAACUAAUGGCAGACAACCUUAAUCAAAAACUUGAAGGAGAAGCUAAACAAACUGAAGUAAAAGAUUGGGAAUGUUUAAGAAGUGAUUUCCGUUUGGAUUUCCAUUCAAAAGAGUCUAGAGAAAAAGGAUCUUCCAAGAAAGCUUAUGGCAAUGGUAAGAAUGAGGAGGGGCAAAGAAUAUGUUUAGGUGUUAAUGAAAAACACAGCAAAGAUUUACAGUCAAUCUUACAUGACCAAGAAAGGAAGAUGAGCCACUCUGAAAUAAGUGUGGAAGGGAUGGGAGCCAGUAACAGAGACCUAACUGCUCUGCCGAGUAAGGAUACCCCAAUUCAUGACCAGUCAAUCAGAGCAGAUAUAUUUCAUUCACCGAGGACAAAUCUAAGCUGGGAGGAAGCUGUGUUAACAACCUCAGACCUUGAUCUCUCGACUAGUGAAGGCACUAUUUUAGGAGGGAUGCCUGGUCAAGCUUGUUUACCAAGAAAUAGAAAUGUUUUGAGGAAUGAGUAUCUUUUCCAAGUUGAAGAAGAAAAAUCAGCUUGGAUUAAUCCCGAAGAUCAAAAUAAGAACACCCAGCAUAAACAAAGUUGGAAUGUUCUGGAAAGUCAGGGAAGAGCAAGAGAGAGUAAGACAAAUAUAACAGAGCAGACCAAAGAACAAGCAGAUUGUGGAGACAUGUGGGAAAAAAGAGAUAAUACAAGGAAUUUGGAAGCUAAUCCUACAGAAGAAUUGUUUACCUGCCAAGAAACAGCGAGCUGUGAACUGUCUUCUCUAGCUGAUCAUGGUAUUACUGAGAAAGCAGAAGCAGGUACAGCUUAUAUAAUUAAGACAACAUCAGAAAGUACUCUAGAAAGCAUGUCUGCUAGAGAAAAAGCAAUAAUUGCUAAGCUACCUCAAGAGACAGCACGAAGUGACAGGCCCAUCGAGGUAAAGGAAACAGCAUUUGAUCCACAUGAAGGGAGAAAUGAUGAUUCACAUGAUACCCUUUGUCAACGAGAUACAGUAGGUAUAAUCUAUGACAAUGAUUUUGAAAAGGAAUCAUGUUUAGGUAUUUGUAAUGUACAUGUAGAUGAAAUGGAGAAGGAAGAAACCAUAUCUAUUUACAAUCCUGGGGAGACACAUGACAGGAAGAAAUGUGUCAUUGGAAAUACAACAUCUGUAGAAGAAUCCUCACAAGUCAUUACAGACUAUCAAAAAGCAGCCUCAAAACUAGAUUUACAUUUGGGAAUGUUACCAACAGACAAAAAAAUAUUUCCAGAAAAUAGAGAUCACGGGCAGAUCCAAGAAUUAUCAAAGAAAACGAAUAUAGAUGCCAUUAUUCAUUCUGCUUUAAACUCAGACACUAAUAGAGCUUCUCAGAAUGGCUCUCACAUUUCUAAUCACCAUGUUAAAACUUCACUGUCAUCUCAUGAACAGGCCACUGCUAUAGAGAAUGCAAUUACUACCAUGACUCUCCAAUCUAUUUCUUCUAAAUCAAAAUAUAAUUGUAAUCCAACAAGUGAAAUCCAGGGUUCUGAGAAUCACCAUCAUCCUGCGUCUACACCUGAAGAAGUUUCCAAAAGUUCAAGAAUAGUGACAUCAGGUAGUAGGAGGGAAAGGUGUAUAGGCCAGAUUGUCCAACAAGGAGAAUGCAGUGUGGAGAAAUCUCUAGGGCCAACAAUUUUACUCAGUGAAGCUUUUGAGAACAUGGAAGAGGCAAGGAAUGAAAAAGAAGGAUUAAUAAACUCUGGACAAUCACUGUGCUCUUCAGGAGACAAGGAAUCUGAGAGCCCUGAUUCUGACAAUCUCCCUGCCCAGGAAAGUCAAGCUCAAAGGGAAUCUCUGCUUUCGAAAUACACCAACUCUAAAAUACCUUAUUUCCUUUUGUUUCUGAUAUUUCUUGUAACCAUCUAUCAGUAUGACUUAAUGACCGGCUUGGCAUUCUACGUUUUUUCAUUGUACUGGCUGUGCUGGGAAGGGGGAAGACAGAAAGAGUCUGUCAAAAAGAAGUAACCUCAGCACUAUUAUUAUUCUCUCUUAAAAGAUAAGCUAUUUAGCCCCAAACAUUUGGAUUGGUUAAAGAGACUAUUCGUUGUUCAAAGAGCCAGCGCAGUUUUUCUCUUGAAGGAUCAUUUAGAAAGGAAUGCGUAUGAAGUUUGCUCCUUCAUAUAAGUAAUUAUUCUAUAUAGGACCAUUAUGUUUGGAUCAUUAAAUACCUAUAUGAAUAUGAGAUCUGAAGCACGUCAAGUUGAAAUUAGGUACAGCUGUUGCUCCUUAGCAGGCUAUGAAGUUUCAAUGCUUCAUGUCUCUUCACUACUUAAAGUGCCAUUUCUUGCAUUCAUUUCUUUUGCAGUAAAGCUUCAUUUUUUUUUUCCUGAGUGUAUUUUUCCCUCUACUGUUUCUAAAAAUAGAUAAAACAUGGACAAUGGCAGAGGACUUUUUUUUUGUCUUUUAAUACUGACCAUGAAAUUUGCAUUUACCACUGUAUCAUUUAUCAGCACAUUUUGAUAAAUCGAAUCUUUCAACUUUGAUUACAUAUUUUUAAGAACAACACCCAUGCAUAUUGAAAUGUGUAGAUUUAACCUGAAGAAACACAUUAUGCACUUGAAUAACACUUAAUACACAUACACAUGUUUUAUAUCCUGCAUACCUACAAAGUCAGGGCAUUUGUAACCCAAAUUUGACAAAGACUGAAACAAUCAAGAGAUGAUCUUUCAGUUCUACAAAAUUUGGGAGAUGGCCUGUCUUUAAGCAAUAUUUUUCUCCUUUACAGGGAGACUGUAUAACACAGCUGAACAAUUUUGAUGCCAACUAUUAUUCAGUUGGAAAUUUGAAUUAAAAGUUCCAGAAGCAUUGCUUCAGAAUGAAUUUGUACCUAUAAAGCAUAAAGCAUUAAAUGAUAACAAUAAUUAAAAAAAGAUUUCCUAAUGAACUAUUUUA